AUGUUCUCUCUCAAGGUGGCUCGCGCAGCUGCGGCUAUGUUGGCUUUGCAAACUGCGGCUGGAGUGCCCAUCCUGAACGGAGAAGAUGCUAAACCGGAAGAAUUUCCUUCAGUCGUUGGAUUUGCACCCGGUUGCGCAGGCACUACCGAUUUGUGGCCAUCUCUAGUUAUAGUGGGAGCCACAGAUAGAAAGCAACAAGGACCUGGGGUCUUGACCUUUAAAAUAUCGUCCUUUUACACGCACCCAGGUUAUGAUAGAGAGACGCCUCAUUCUGAGCACGACAUCGCCAUUUUAAAGCUGUCCAGACCGGUUCCGGAGACGGCGAAUAUUUCUUAUCCCGAAUUGUCCGGCGGGGUGUCCGACCCUCAGCCAGGCUCUUACACGACUGCAGUCGGUUGGGGACAUCAGGGCCCUAAAAAGAGCACGACGGUGUUGCAAAAAGUUGCGCUUCCGAUUGUAGGCCGCGACGAGUGCGGGCGCAUGUUUCAAUUGACUGUGCCGGACAGUUCGUUCUGCGCCGGUUACAGGGACGGAAGAAAGGAUACGUGCUCUGGAGACAGCGGUGGCCCAACUUAUGACGCGGAGGGAACUGUGAUUGGGGUUACCAUGUAUGGUACUACGCCGUGCGGGCUUGGUUAUGCGUUUUACGCUAGAGUAGACGCGCAUCUCGACUUUAUUCAGCAGCAUUUGUAG